GCUCUUCGUGCAGUUAGUGAUUAUUAGUGAUUAUUAGUGAUGGAUUCGCAAUGAUUCGCAACGGUUGCAAACGGUUGUCUCAACGGUUGAGUCCGCUGAACGGAGCCAAUGUGUACAGAAAAACAUCAUUGGAACAACGUAAAUAAACAUAGAAUUUGCAAUGACAGCUUCUUAUUAUUUUGUAAUUGUCGGACAUGCCGAUAAUCCUCUAUUUGAAAUCGAAUUUAACAAUUCUGGAAAGGAUGCAAAGAAAGAUGACUACUCACAUUUAAACCAAUUCAUUGCACACUCUGCAUUAGAUCUCGUAGACGAGCACAUGUGGAAAACAACAAAUAUGCAUUUGAAAAUUGUGGAUAAAUUCAAUCAGUGGUUUGUGAGUGCUUUAGUUACAGCAACUCACAUUAGAUUCAUUAUGGUACACGAUAGCAAAAAUGAGGAUGGUAUAAAAAAUUUCUUCAAUGAAAUGUAUGACACAUAUAUAAAAUAUUCUAUGAAUCCAUUCUACAAAUUAAAUACACCCAUUAAAUCUGUUGGUUUUGAAAAGAAAGCGCAAAUGUAUGGCAGGAAAUACUUAUCAUCAUAAACAAUUUGUUCUAAUUGUUGAUUUACCUGUAUAUAAUCACCGACGAGGUAUACAGUAGACCUACAUAUUAUCACAGACGAGAUAUAAGAAUAGACCUACCAUCUUAUGGUGUCUCAGGUGUCCCACGAAAAUCAUGCUGAUUCGAGCGCACUCUACAUAAAAGUUUCCGACUUCAGGAACUACGUUCGACACUGUGAUGACGCACAGCACAGACACAC